AUGGAGCGAGAGAUGCCCAUACAACUCAGAUCUGUCGGGGAACGAGAGUUGCGUAUGUUGGAAGAUGGUCACCAAGUGAACGAUACGAUCCUCGGCUUGGGCCUGAGGCUAUGGAUGAAGAAGUUCACGCAUGAGAAUCCACAAGCUGCUGAACAGAUCAGCUUUUCUCUCGCUUUAUCUGCACUUUUCUCACCAGGAGCGGAUAUGACGCCGUAUCCAAGUGGAGCCAAAGGGUAG